GAUGUGGUCGCCUCCUCGUUGCUAGGACACGGCAUCACUGCUUGACGGUUGGUACGUUAGCUUUGUUAGCUCUAGACUAAAAUAACAGCAGUUGUAUUCAUUCUAGGCAUCUAAAAGAAGCAUCAGAUGAUCAAAGGAUUAUUGUAAACGGGUAAUGAAUAUUUUGCAGCACGAAUGAAUCUAAGAAAACUGAACUGUAUCGGGUAAAUCUGAAAGGUUUACAUUUGUUAGCCGAAGUCGCUAAUGACAGACUGGCUUGUAACGUUGGCGCUGUAGUUUGGAGCUUUCCGGAUAAAUGAGUGCUCGGGCCAGACACGUUUUAGUGAAAAACCAACAUUACGACGAGAGUAUGGAACUGCACGAUGAGGACCAGGAGGUGGCCAGCGUCUACAGCCCUCCUCCCCGGGUCACACAGCCGCUAUCCGCGACCCAGGGAGGACGAGUCCGGGGCCUGAUGACCGCGGAUAGCACCAGCGACGAGGAGCGGCCGCAGAAGUCCAAAGACUCCUCCGGCAACAACCCUAAGACCAGAUUGAGUCCUGAUACUGGACUGAGCCCAGAUGAUGAAGAAGAGGAGUCUGAAGAAGAAGAGGAGACAGAGGAUGAUGAUGAUGAAGACCAACCCAAAACCCCAGAGGGAGCAUACGACCCGAACGACUACGCCAACCUGCCUGUCAGCUCUGAGGGUAAGGAGUUGUUCCAAUACAUCACUCGUUACACUCCUCAGAUUGUGGAGCUGGAGCAUGUCUUAAAACCAUUCAUCCCGGACUUCAUACCAGCCGUGGGCGACAUCGACGCUUUCCUCAAAGUGCCUCGACCAGACGGACGAGCCGACGGCCUGGGUCUGCUGGUCCUGGACGAGCCUAGUGUCAAACAGACUGACCCCACUGUGCUAACACUAUGGCUGAGCGAGGAGAGCAAGCAGCAUGGAGAAAUACAGACGCAGAAGGUGACGAGUGUGGCAAGCCCAGAGUCCAACCCUCGGCUUGUGGAGCGUUGGGUGGACAGUAUUACUGCUCUGCACCGCUCCAAGCCCCCUCCCACCGUACACUUCUCCAAAGCCAUGCCUGAUGUGGACACGCUGCUGCAGGAGUGGCCCCCCGAACUGGAGGAGCUGCUCACCCGAGUCCAACUCCCCUCUGCAGACCUGGACCUGGGACUGGACCAGUAUGUGGACCUCAUCUGCCCCUUGCUGGACAUCCCAGUGCACAAUAAACAAACGCGAGUCCAAGCGCUGCACCAGCUCUUCACGGUCUACCUGGAGUUUAGGGACUCGCAGCACUUUACACACAGGCACUAGACUAGUACUGGACUGGGACUAGCCCGGGACUAGGACUACACUACACCGGAUCGGAACUAAGAUGGAAGUAAACUAGGACUAGACCAGUACCAAACCAAGACUAAACCAGGCAUGAACAAGGCCUAACCCAGUGACAAACUAGGACUAAAAUAAACCUACCAAGACAACCAGUACUAUUCCAGGUCUGAACCAGGUCUAAUCCCAGACUGAACCAGUAACCAACUAGGACUGAACUAAACCAGGACUGCACCAGUAUGGAACCAGGACUUAACCCGGACAAAACUAAUACUGAAACAAGACUGAACCAGUACUGAAAGGACAUGUACCCAGUUUUUCCCCAUGUAUCUGAGCAAAAUUUGUCUUGCCCCAGUCAAGAUAUAUUGUAUAAGCAGCUCUGGUCAAAAUAAAUCAGCCGUGUUCUCUCUGCAUCUGAUUGUAAAGCUUAUUGUCCAAUCAGAAAUAUGUUUUUCACUUUUAAUACAGUGAAAAUCAGGUGCAGCAACCACUUAGCGUUCCGAUGGCCCGCCCGCGUCGCCUUUACGUUACAACUUUACAGCAAUGUACGUAUAUUUCUCCGUCACCCACACAAACAAUCUACACAUCAAAUGAAAGCUACGGCAUUCAUCUUUCUGAAUAUGUAAACCAUUUACACCUCUAAUCACCACAGUCCUGACAGGAAAGCCGUUUUUACAGAGAAGUCAGAAAUGUGGAUUUGGACAUCACUUACCAUUGAGCGCUCUGGUUCUGCCAAACAUCAACAUAUUCACACAAAGUUGGUCUCAUUCGUUCCGUAAAGGUCCAGAGAAUAUAAUCCAGUCAAGAAAUUAUGUCCACAAAGGAAGUUAGAGCCUCCAUUUCCAAUCUGCUGCAGGAAAGUGAAAUCUGUUCCGUCACUUCUCUGCAUUUCUUUUGUCAGUUUCAGGCAUAAUAAACUUCUGACAGCGCCAACUUUGUUCCUCAGCGCAAAACAAACUUGUUAGUUUGUGAUUGACACCAAAAUUGGCCAAUAAGGUGGGGGCUGUGGGUUAUUGGAGCCGCGGACAGUGAAUGAGAGCUACAGAUGACUGGAAAAGUACGCCCCACUCUCCCCCUUGUAGAAUCAAGCUGUUACAUUACACACGUUUAGUGAUGUUUUCGUCUUAAAGCCCAUGAACUGCGGAACACACUGAUGCGUGACAAAGAUCCGUGCGUAAAAUUACGCAAUACGCGCAGCAGUUUUGCGUUUUAAACAUGACGAAACGGACAAAACAAAGGAAGUACGCGACCGCGGAUACUGUGGAUGUUUGUACAAGUUAAACUAGAGGCAGAUCUCAUGGUGGACUGAGGAGUAGAGGACCACCACCAAUCAUCACGCACACACCACUUGGGUGUCAAGUGCCUUGCCUAAGGACACAAUGACAGAACUAAGGACACAAUGACAGACAAGUCCCAAGUGGGACACGAUCCUCCAACCUUCGAGUUGCGGGACCAAAGCUCUAACCACUGCGCCACUGUCACAGAAUGACUGUACAAUCAUGUACAGUAUGUUCUUAGUUUCCAGUGUGUGUUUGUUUACAGUGUGUGGUUUGUAAAUAUGUAUUUUUGACCCAUAGCACUUGUUUUGACUGUAUUUUAUAUACAAAUAUACAUUUUAUAUUGUGUUUUGAUAUGAUAUAUAAAUGUACAGUAGUAGAGCAGCUGGGUGUGCAGAUACAGAUUCCUCUCAGAGUUUUCAGUAGAGCGCUCACUGAUGUCUGUGGGUUGAAACAUUCAAAAGUUAUUGCACUUUUUCCAAAUGUUCUCCAAAUGUCUUCAUUCGGAUCGGUUUGGAGAGGCCUGGACUUACUCAUGAUAAAAUGAGUGUAAAACUCUAAUUUUUAUAGGUAUUGACCUCAAAUUUGAAAUGUAAGUGGUCAACAAUCUUGUCAGUUGAGAUAUAGUGUAUUUUUGGCCCCAGCUACCUACUGCAGCUUUCUACACCUUCAUUUUCACAAAAUGUUUUUGGCGAGGAUGAGAAAAAAUUUUUUUAAUGUGUGUUCCAAAGUGUAUAAAUGCUCAGCAGACAAACUUACAGUGAUUCUGACACAUGUGGGUAAAACUAUAGGGUGUUUCCUUUACAAAGACCCCAAACUCGUGCAUUUAAUACUGAGGGUUCAAUAAUGGUGAUUAUUUUAAUUUGGAGAGGUCAGAACAAAGGCAAUUUCACCAAAAUGACACGGAAUGCUAAGGGGUUACUGUUAAACGGUUCACCUUUUUGAACAAAGUUGUUCUAAAUAAGGACAAAUGGACAUACUUGUGGGGUUCAGCUUCCUGUUAGGAGACAAUUUUAGGACUUUUCAGUUUGAAAAGAUAUAAAAUGUCAAUUGCUAUAGAAGCAGUCUUAAUUUUUCAUUCUGAGAUAGUUGACAAUUAUAAUCUUAUGUAAAUACAAAUUGUAUUGUAUUAUUAAAGCAUGUGUUUAAACUAAAGAUGAGAUAAUCAUUUAGUUUUUGUUUCCUGUUAAUUUUUGUUUUACUAUGUUCUUUUCUAUUCUUCCUAUUGACAAUGUUGUUCUAACCUGAAAAAUAAAUCUAUUGUCUCU